AUGACGGCUCCAAAUGCACCGUGUGCGCCGCCGGUUGGUACCUCAUCCCCGGCGGCACGUGCUCUCCCGUGGAGUGCCGCGUGGCCGACUGCGUGGAGUGCAUCACGGGCGACCCCACCAAGUGUGCGCGGUGCGCGCCUCCAAAGAUCGUUGACACGGUCACCUUCCAGUGCAUCACGAGCGGCAGCUGCAGCGUCAGCCACUGCAAAACGUGCAGCCCCGUCAGCGCAUCCGUGUGCGACACCUGCGACGCCGGCUACACCCUGUCGGCUGACAAGACGACUGCACGGCGGACGUCACCUCCACCACGACGCCAACAACGCCGUGCAGCGUGCCGAACUGCAUCACGUGCGUCGCCAGCGACCCCAACACCUGCCAGUACUGCCGGAGUGGCUACUACACGUCCAACGGCCAGUGCGUGCCCACCAGCAGCUGCUACGUGGGCAACUGCGCACAGUGCAUGCUGCGCGACAGCACCAAGUGCUCCACGUGCCGCAACGGCUACCUCCUCAGCUCCACCUACACCUGCCUCUCGCAGCACGUCAACGUGAACGGCGCCGUUGCACCGCACUCGCGGUGGGUGGCUGUGGCCGUGAUGGUGGCAUUCGCCGUCACGUACUUGGCGUAGGCGGCACGUACCAGGCGUGGCGCCCCGCCGGUGCGAGCCAACAUGUGAACAGCCCACUCGCACCGGCGGCAGCGGCUCGACCUACGCGCCGUAUUCCCCCUACUCCCUCCCCGUAG